AGUCACAUUAUUUUCUGACAGUGUAAAGGCCACGUUGUGAGGGUGGUUUCUUGGUAACUUCCUCUUUGCAACCGAUGUCAUUUUUUGAACAGAAACAGACUUUUAUUUAAGUGAAAUAUUAAUCUGAAAUGGCAGUUCAAGGGAAGCCAUGCAUGUGUUAACGUGUUCAGUAUUUUUGGAAGUUCCUAAUUUGCUCAAACAGGCAUCACUUUGCAGUGGCAACCGAGAAUAAAUUUAGGUUUGUGAAAAUGGUGUUUCACGUGAAAUUUUGGUUGUAAUGGCUCUUAAAAAACCCUCCCGUUUUUAGGUUAUCUAAUAACAUUGUCGAAAAUAAUUUGGUGAUUAAAAUUUACAAAAGUGUUGGAACCUAGUUUAAAACUUGCUCUUUCUCAGUGUCCGGAGUUUACUUAAAACCGUGUACUGUGCAGGCACCAAGGUGAAGAGUUUUAGUACAUAUGUGAUUUUACAGUUGACUGAGGGAAGUUGACUAUUGGCUUUCUUGUUUUCCAAACAAGACCCUUAUGCUAAUCUAAACAAGCUUGUUAAUAAAAUAUGGUGGGUGAAAUGAUGGGUUAUUUUUAGUCGGAAUGGUUUGAUUUCCCCUCCCCCAUAUAAUCACCCCCCCUUCCCCCGUUUUUCUUAAAGACUCCUUUAUCGGAUAUAAGGCCCUGGUGGUGUUUUCAUUUACUUACCUAAAGAAAUUGUAAUAUAUAUCUUGGUUACACAUUGGAAGUACAAUGGGUGACUUUUUUGUUUUCCCAAUGUGGUUUAUUUUCAUUUUUGUUAAAUAAGAUCCAUGUUGCUUGGUGUAUUUUUGUAAUCUUGACUUACUGGGACUGUAUGUUCUCACCAUUUAUAACAAGUUUAUAGUCUAGGGAAAUAGGGCAGCUUUGUCUCCAUGAAAACAGUGUGUAGGGUUGUAUCGUGGGAGUUCAUGGCAAGCAAGUUUCGGAAAUUAUCAUUGAGCACGUUCUAGAAAUAGUUAGCAUUUACCUGUGGAGGAGGGGCAGCAGAAGGAGAAUAGGCCUGAGAGUGGUUAGGCUCGUGAUUCCUGUUUAUACUUUUUGCUCUUAAAUCAGGUUUUUCUGCUUCUUUGGAAUAUGAUGUUUUGUCCAUUUCUGCUGUCAUGUACUGUGUGAUAUAUGUAAUCAUAACCAUUAAGUCCAUACAUAGAUAAUUACUAUUUUUUGCCAUUUGAGUAGUUAAAAUCAGACCUAGAGGACAAAAUACUAAGCUGUGUGGGGGAUGAAAAUAGUAUGCACAUUGAAAAAAGUUUUUUUUUUUUUUUAUUGUUAAGGAACUUAAUUAAGGGACUUACUAAUGGCAUAAAAAUUGUUUCAUAGCUCAUCACCAGUUUAUGAUUUUUCUUCCAGCAUAUAUCAACUUUGGUUAUUAAUAUGGGAGACACCCUUGGUAAAUGGAAUGGCCCCUUUUGAAGGUUGUAUUUUUUAAUUGGUUGCUUCAAAGAAGUGUUAAAUAUUUAAUAACUUUUACGUAUUCUCAACAUCUCAAUAUCAAAUUAAGAUUUGUCAUGAUUACUGUGAUACAUUCCUACCAAGAGAUCACUGCUUCCUCUGUACUGGGGGCCUAUCAAGCAGAUGGGGUAGAAGCUUAACACACAGGGGUUACUGGUAAAUAGAAAUAUGACUGAUGGACCUUUUGAAUGGCAACCUGUUGAAUGAAUAAUCGGUUUUUAUAUGGCAGUGAAAUAUAAGUACCACUUUAUCAAAUAAGUAGCUGACAGGACUCCUCCUCCAAUUUACUCCAGCAAUUAUUACUACAAAGAAUUUUUGACUUGAUGCAUUUUGAUGAAGUUAGUAUAAAUAAUUUGUUGGGUUUGUUCAGUUUCUGUGUUAUUUAUAUAAAAAGAAUUGAGAAGAAUGUGACUAGUAAGGAAGUCAGAGGAGAGGACGGCAAAAAUAUUGGCACUGUCUGGGACUUUGUAUUUUUCUAGUACAUAGAAUUUGACUCAUUUCAUAAAUGACAUUUAAAGUAUAAGUCAAUGAAAUGCAAAAGAAGAAAGCAGCUAACAUUGAGACAGUUAUAAAUAUACAUAGUAUUGAAGGGCUAAGGACCCCCCCCCCGGGGGGGGGGUGCUGUGUAGUAGAGAAAUGGUAGUUCACUGAUUUGGAGACCACCAUGGCCCUAUCUCCUGCUCUAUCACCAACAGAUACUUGAAGUUAAAAAAGAGAACAGAACAGAACAACCUGUGAAGGAGGUCAUGCUGGAGAGGUUUGCUAUUCACUGCCUCUGGAAAUGGACUCCCUAAGAGUACAAUUAAUUGCCAUGUUAACAGAGUCCAAGGAAAGGAUUCUGCUUCAGCUCAGCUGUAAGAAAGGUGUGAGGUGCUUUCUAUGUCAUUUUUACCUCAGGCUAAUCCUAUGAAGUGGGUAGUAUUGGGCUCUUUUUGUGGAUUAUUGAAACAGCAAGGUGCAGGUAAGUUAAUUCAUUUGUCCAAGGCCACAAAAUGAUCAAAGGAGCACUAGGAUUCAAACCUAGGUGUGUCUGAGCCGUAGUCCAUGUUUUUAGAUGACUGAACUGGGCCAAAAUUUCUCAGCUGUUUUGUCAGUCUUGUCUACAGUUAUCCUUGCAAAAACUAGUGUUUUUUAUUCAAAUUUAUAAUUUUGUAGUUAGGGUCUCUACCAACUGGGUCAAAUGAUUGCAUGGAUAAAUGAAAUUUAUAUAUGGGGCUCAAAUGGCAUUGGCUUAACUCUAGAACUGCUUAAUAAGAUGCAAUCUUCUGGUCAACUGCUGUAUUUCCUACAUUAAGAUUGACAGCAGUGCUGUAGCCUUUCCACAUACUGUCAGCAGAAAUAAGAUGUGGUUCCAUACGUACAAUUAAGGAAAAGCAAAUAAAAGUUCCUGAAAACUUGUAGGAGAAAACUCAUAAAAGUCUUCUUGUGCAGCGUAUCGAUUCUGUCAGGGGUUCUUGAAGAGAACUGCUUGGUUUCAAACUUGGGCUCUGUCCCUUACUAGUUUUGUCACUCAAGGGGAGUAACACCCGCUGUGUCUCAGUUUCCUGCUCUGUGUAAAGGGACAGUCAACUUCUAGAGUUGAGAGGAAUAAGAGAACUGUGUAUGUAAAUUGCUGAGAACAGAAGCUGACAAACAAGCAUCAUGGAAAUCAUCAGCAACAGCAACUUGUGAUUGGCGGUACUGGAUAUUGAAUUGUACAUCCCCACAUCAAUGCACUGCCAAUGGGUUAUAUCCUGUGUUGUGACCUCAUGGUUUAAGUGGGAAUAAAGAUGAGUAUAAGCAGUGAUGAGGUCAACUUCUUGGUAUAUAGAUACUUGCAAGAGUCAGGAUUUUCUCAUUCAGCGUUCACCUUUGGUAUAGAAAGCCAUAUCAGUCAGUCUAACAUAAAUGGUGCCCUCGUCCCACCUGCUGCAUUGAUCUCCAUCAUCCAGAAAGGUCUACAGUAUGUAGAGGCAGAAGUUAGUAUUAAUGAGGAUGGUACCUUGUUUGAUGGCCGACCAAUAGAGUCUCUGUCACUGAUAGAUGCCGUGAUGCCUGAUGUAGUACAAACAAGACAACAAGCUUAUAGAGAUAAACUUGCACAGCAACAAGCAGCAGCUGCUGCAGCUGCCGCAGCUGCAACAAAUCAACAAGGAUCUGCAAAAAAUGGAGAAAAUACAGCAAAUGGGGAGGAGAAUGGAGCACAUACUAUAGCAAAUAAUCAUACUGAUAUGAUGGAAGUGGAUGGGGAUGUUGAAAUCCCUCCUAAUAAAGCAGUUGUGUUAAGGGGACAUGAAUCAGAAGUUUUCAUCUGUGCCUGGAACCCUGUUAGUGAUCUCUUGGCAUCAGGGUCUGGAGACUCAACAGCAAGAAUAUGGAAUCUUAGUGAAAAUAGCACUAGUGGCUCCACACAGUUAGUACUUAGACAUUGUAUACGAGAAGGAGGGCAAGAUGUCCCAAGCAACAAGGAUGUGACAUCUCUAGAUUGGAAUAGUGAAGGUACACUUCUAGCAACUGGUUCCUAUGAUGGAUUUGCCAGAAUAUGGACUAAAGAUGGUAACCUUGCUAGCACCUUGGGGCAGCAUAAAGGUCCUAUAUUUGCAUUAAAGUGGAAUAAGAAAGGAAAUUUCAUCCUAAGUGCUGGAGUAGACAAGACUACAAUUAUUUGGGAUGCACACACUGGUGAAGCCAAGCAACAAUUUCCUUUUCAUUCAGCACCAGCAUUGGAUGUUGAUUGGCAGAGCAACAACACCUUUGCUUCUUGUAGUACAGAUAUGUGCAUUCAUGUCUGUAAAUUAGGACAAGACAGACCUAUUAAAACAUUCCAGGGACACACGAAUGAAGUAAAUGCUAUCAAAUGGGACCCAACUGGCAAUCUUCUGGCCUCCUGUUCUGAUGACAUGACUUUGAAGAUCUGGAGUAUGAAACAAGAUAAUUGUGUCCAUGAUUUGCAAGCACAUAAUAAAGAAAUUUAUACUAUCAAAUGGAGUCCAACAGGGCCAGGGACAAAUAACCCAAAUGCCAACCUUAUGUUAGCAAGUGCAUCCUUUGAUUCUACUGUUAGAUUAUGGGAUGUAGACCGAGGAAUUUGCAUCCACACUUUGACAAAACACCAAGAGCCUGUGUACAGUGUAGCUUUCAGUCCUGAUGGCCGGUAUCUGGCAAGUGGUUCUUUUGACAAAUGUGUGCACAUCUGGAACACACAGACAGGUGCUCUUGUUCACAGCUAUAGGGGAACAGGUGGAAUUUUUGAAGUUUGUUGGAAUGCAGCAGGAGACAAGGUUGGAGCCAGUGCAUCAGAUGGUUCAGUUUGUGUAUUAGACCUUCGGAAAUAGCGCUACUAGUUGGAAGCCAUGGACCGACUAUGAAUGUGUACAUAGCCAAAAUGACUGUCCCCGACCCAAGUACUGCUAUAGUCCCACUUGAACCAUGGCCAGUCCACUACAGCCAAAUCUAAGAGAAAUAUAUACAUACAGUGUAUAUAAACAAAAUUGCACCCUGAAGAUGACAGAAUUUUGUCACAGCUUGUGAAUUCUGUUCACCAAGUGCUGGAAUCUAAUCUGCUGUGCCCCUAAAAUAGCAUUUAGAAGUUUUGGAUAUGAAAAACAGAAGAGAGAAAAAGUAUGCGUUAUAAAAGCAGCCCAUACAUGUACCAGUUUUUGGAUACUAAUGACAGCCUUGUUUUUCCCCUUUGAAUCAGCAGACACCAUGGAUUAUAUUCUUUUUUUCCCUUCAGUAGUUUAGCAGUUUGUAUGUACAGAGAAUACGGACUUACAAAAACUUGCAGCAGUAGUUUGUUCUUGCUUUUAAACUUUGUUUUUGGUUUAGUUUAUGGAUGCAUGAAGUAAGGGAGUGAAUCAGUUUCUUGUUUAUAUUUUUUUCACCUUUUAAACAAAAAAUUCUUAAAAAUAUUUUAAUGCAUUGUUUUGAAGAGAUAGAUGUUUGGUACAUUUAUGGCUCCCAGAGCAUAUAUUCAAUUGGUGCAUGUUGUAGGAGGGGGAAUUGGAAGUUGAAAGAACUAUAUGACUUUGGUCAUGUCAAUCUGUUAGACACAUCAGUAAAAGGGUAUUAUGCGCUGUUUUUUGUGCUUUUGUUUUUGUUUUUGCUUUGUUUUUUGUUCUGGGGGGUUUUCUGUUGCUUUUUGUUGUUUUUUUUUUAGGGGGGUUGGGUUUUUUUGUUGUUUGUUUCUGUUUUGUUUUGGUGAUGUGGCUUAAAUGCAAUAGUUUCUUUUUUGGGACAUAUUUCUGCCAAUUAAAGACUAGAAGGGCACAAUUUUUUUAAUACCAUAGAGAAGAUGCAUAAAAAAAAAAAAUCUUCUGAUGUUUUGUAGCCAUAACUAAAUUAUGGUUAAAAUGUGCACUAUUGUGAAAAGGAGCAAAGUAGGUUUGGGUUUUUUCUGUUGUUUGUUUCUUUUGCUUUGUUUUUUACGAGAUUAAAAUGUUUCUGGAUAAGGAUUAGCUUCUCAAAGUGUCCAUCAUUGUGUAGAAGCUUAAAUAUGUAAUGUAACCAAACUCCAGUAUUAAAAAAUCUCUCAUGUUAUUUUUCUUUAUUCAAAGCAAGAUAACGGCAUAUAACACUGCCAUUACAUGGCAAAAUGUUUGCUACCUUAGUUUAAAAACAAUCUUUAAAACAAAAGACUUGCUUCAAGGUGUUUUUAAAUAGCAGUGAUUCAAAAUUUUUUUCAAAAAAGUUAUAAUUGCACUAACCUCCCUGCUGCUCUGAUUUUGCAUUUGUGGUACUUGUGACUACAUUUUUUCAAAUAUAGAUAGAUUUAAGCUGCUAUUUUUUUGUUUUUUCAGUAAUCACUACCAAAUCAUGUCUUUUACUCUGUUUAUAAUAUCACGUAUUUUCUUAAGAUGUAGGUAUCAGAUCAAACCUCUUCUUGUGUUCAUGCAACUAAAAGCAGAAAUAUACAGAAUUUACAAAUGAUAGCAUGAGGCUAUGUUUAUAUGUGUGAUUAACAGGGUUUGUCAUGGUUAAUGUAAUAAUCCAGAAGUAUCAAUUUUGAAGAGAAGAGUUGUCAAAUUUACAUUUCAAAGAUUUUAAUUAAGGAAUAUUGUUUAUUAUCAAGCUUGGCAAAUUUAUAACACUAUUUCUGUCACUAAUUAUUUUGAUGCUUUUAGUGCUAAAAUUUUAAUCUAUGUUUUAAGUUUAAGUAGAAACUGAUUUAACCCAAGUAAUGCAGCUUUCAUUUUCAGCAUUUGUUGUUUUGCUAUUUUUACAAAACAGCAUUGAUUGAAGCAAGUCUUGGUUUUACUAAGGUAGGAUAGCAUUUGCUAUUGGUAAAGAGGAUAAAUACACUUAAUUUCACAAUACAUUGUUAUAUGUACCCCAGUUGUUGUUAGUGGGGACUAUGAUACUGUAAUAAUAUUUUUUAAACUUUACAUCUAGAGAGGCAGUCAUUCAUGAUGGUUUUGUGCCAGCUGUUUUUAGGGUUUUGGAUCACAUUAUAGCUAUUUAGAACUAUUACCCUGUGACUUAUGUAGGAAACCUAAUAUGCUGAGUAUCUGGCACUUGAAAUCCUGCUUUUAUUGCUGGAGGUCCACAUCUGUGGUUGACCUCUGUUGUUGUUUUAAAAAAAAUUAAAUAAAAAUAAAAAAAUCUGUGCAAUAAUUUUUAAAUGUGCUCCCAGGAAUAGACACAAAUGUUUUGAGUAUGUUUAAGCUGCAUUUUCCUUUAGCGAUGCAUUUGUCAAUUGCACUGAAUUUAAAUCUGAAAGUCAGAGGUGAUUAUUGAUAGUACUUUUGUAUUUUGAUAUGGACAACUUAUUCAUUUGCAUACAGUUAUUGACCUUUUUUCCCCCAGCUGAUUAAAAGAUAGUCAUGCAGUAUAUCUGCAGUAUAGCUGCCAAAAUAGACAGCUACAUGUUUAUGAUGUUGUCAUCUUCUCUGUUUUUUUUUUUUUUUAAAUCUUCAGCUAUUUUACUUAAGCAUAAUAACCACAAUAGAACAUAUAAAAGAUUAUAAAUACAGAGCUUUAUUAUCCUGAAGUCUUGGGUCUUUUAAGUAUAAACUGUCAGAAAGAUAUCCAUUUUGUAGGCUUGGGUUCUUCAUGAGCAUACAGUUAUUUCUUUUUGCUGCUGUUCUCACGUCAUCAUUGCCUGCUGAUGUGCCACGAUGCUGCUCCCAUAGACAAAAAUAAGAUUGCCUCUAAUUUGAGCAGUAACAUGAUAAAGACACCAAGUUUCACAGCCUGUAAAGUUCUAUAUUUGAGGUUCUUGCUUAUUUUUCCUUUUUUUUCUCUAAGAAUUUAUCUGAAAAUCACUGAUUCCAGUAGAUUUUCUUUUCCAUUCAUUAUAGUAUCAUUGUUGUAUAGGCUACUGUAAAAAACUUACAAGGAAAAAGAGAAAGGAAAACUUGAAUGAAUAGAAUGCUCAUUGAUUAAAGUAGAAUGAAGAACAGCUGUCACUCUUAAACAUUGUAAAGGAAUAUGGUUUUUUUUUUUUUCUGUAGAAAAUUCCAUAAAUUCUUAUAUUUGUUCCAAUCCCAAUUUCCUGUCAUUGAUCAGGCACCAUCAUUGACUUUCAAAUGACUUUUAGAAGUGGUAACUCUUAAUUUCCUAAUAGGUUUUAGACUAUCCAAUUUUGUUUUAAUUAAUUAUUCUCUAGGUAAAUAUGUUUUAGGAUUAAACACCUUUUGCAGAUACUGAAAGUGCCUCCUUUUGUGGUGUAAAAAACAAAUUAUGGUGCAAAAAGUAAUCAUUAGAUUGAAUUACAUGAAGGUUUUUUGCUUUUUGACAUAAAAAUGUCAAGAGAAAGGCCAAAGAUUUGUACUUUUUCACUUAUAAAGCACUCCUUUUUUCCUUAAACUUAUUUCUGUCAAAUUAGAUUUAACGAGAGAGUACUAUUUUUAAGGAGCUAUCUGUUUAUGUAGAAUGAUUUUGUUAAGAGUAAUGUAAACUAUUAUUGAGUAGAGGCCUGGAGAGAAGUGGGCAUUUUUGCUGUUUAAAGGAAUUACAAAUGACCAUUCUUAAUGUCAGCAAAAAUGUUAAGUUUUACUAGGUAAGCAGAAAAAAAAUAAAUCUCAAAUGCAGUGCUAUUUACUCUUUUCAAAACAGUUUUCAUUUUAAAGCACAUUAUAUGUUUCUAUAGAACCUGCAUUUAUUCUUGCAUGCUAAGGAUGGUACUUGAAUUUGGUGAAUUACUAUUGACAGUUUCCACAGAAAUCUUGUUUCAGUGGACCAACAUUGUGGCAUGGCAGCAAAUGCCAGCAUUUUGGGGAAUAGCAGCAAAUCUACAAGAGACCCUGGUUGUUUUUGUUUUUGUUUUUAAUUUGUUUUUUGUUUGUUUCUUAAUCAGCAGGGAUGGAAGGGGAAUAGGGAAGUUAUGAAUUACUCCUUCCUGUAGUAGCUCUGAAGUGUCACAUUCAAUAUCAAUUAAAAAAAAAAAAACCAUGAUUCUAGUUAAGUGUAGAAGAGAGAAAGAAAAAAGUGUUCACUUUUUUAAUACACUGAUUUAGAAAUUUGAUGUCUUAUAUCAAUAGUUCUGAAGUAUUAAAUAGCAUUCUUUAUUUCUGCCUUUACGUUGACAGUGUUGAAGCAGGGUGAAUAACUAGGGCAUAUAUAUUUUUUUUUUUUUUCCUAGUAAGCUGUUUCAUGAUGUUUUCUUUGGAGUUUCUGAAUAAGUUCAGGAAAACAUUCUGCAUGUUGUAUCUAGUCUGGUGUACUUAGCCAUCUCAUAAAAAAAACAAAAACACACAGACUGCAUUUUGUAGCUCUGUAAUUCCUAAAUACAGAAGUAAUUUUCUUCUUUCCUGACUUUGACAUCGUAGUUAUAAUGUUCUAAUUUUGAUUUUUACAAAUCCUUUGGGUCUAAUUCUGUGAGCCUACCUAUAGCACUGGAUUAAAAUGUCUACAUCAUUUCUUUAGUUAUCCAGUUAACUUUAAAACUGUUGUAAAAGUGUAAACCAGCCCAUGACAGUUUUUUGUACAUGUUAAAGAACUUUAUCAUUCAGUUUUCAUGAUUAUUGUGUAAGGAAGACUGAUAUUAGAUGUUCUAUGCUGUCCUGGACCAUGUUAAUUACACUUAUGAUGUAUUUUGGUUCCACAUCACAAUGAUUUGUCCCCAAUGACCCUUUUAUCCUUUCUAGGCACAUUUUUUGUUGUUGUUGUUGUUGCAGUUUCCCUUUGCAUUGUAUUGCUUUGACAACUGUAAUUUGAAUCAGAUCUGAAAGAGGUCCAGAAUAAAAUAUAUUUUGAUAUUA